AUGGCAUUUUACAAAGUUGUUUUACGCAGGUCGCUUAUAGGUGUACCUAAAUCAAGCAGGAGCAUUGUGAAAAGUUUAGGACUCGGUAAAAGAGGUUCAGUCAUUUAUAGAAGAGCGACACCAGCUUGUGCGGGAUCUCUGGUUAAGAUAAAGGAAUUGGUCAGUGUGGAAGUUACGGAAAAGGCAUUGUCGAAAGAAGAACAGAGAAAUCAGAGGAAAUCAAAUCCUGGAUUUACGGUAGAAAAGAGAGUUCCGAUAUGA